CUUAGUAAAAUUAUUGGAAAUCAAAAGCAGGUAAAAUUUCCGGACAUCAGAAAAGUCGAAAAGAAACAAUUAUAAUCAGAUCUGCAGCUGCUCGUCUCACUACUCUUCAACACCAAAAUCCAAAAUCAACUGACAAAUGACAAUGCAGGAGAAUCCAAAUUCUGAAUCCAAUGAUUUCAUUCUCUCUCCUCUAAACUGAAAUGCAGCCGGGAUCAUCAUCAUCAUCGCCAUUUUCGCUAAGUCCACUACCUUUCUUAUACAGCAUUAAUGGCGAAUUGAGCAAUACCUCGUCUGAAGGUUUUGACACUUCUAGGGUUUUGUUUUUGGCUUCUUUGUGGUUGUUUCAAGGCGGAGGUUCCAUGGACAUAUCUAAGGUCGGAGAGAGAAUCCUUAGCUCAGUUCGCUCCGCUCGUUCGCUCGGUCUUCUUCCUUCUAUUUCCGAUCGUCCUGAGGUUCCUGCUAGGGCAGCAGCAGCAGCAGCUGUUGCUCGAGCUCUUGCAACUUUACCUCCUGAUCAGAGGUUAAGUCUCCCAUCAAGCUCUGCAGAACUGAGUUCCAUAUAUGGAAGUAGUGCUCAUUAUCCAAUUGUAGAGGAAUUAGAAGAAGAAUUCUAUGAAGAGGAUUUUGAUCCACUUAUGUAUGUUCUGGAGCAUAUUCCUUCUGAAGAAGAUGAAUUGGAAUACUAUGAAAACAAGGCUACUGUUAGACUAGCGCAACUGGAGAAGAUAUCUGCACAUUUAUCCCGCCAUGUCAUGGAGCAUCAUGAAGAAAUGGUUAGGGGUAUGCAAUUGGUAAGAGAAUUGGAGAGGGACUUGAAGAUCGCCACAGUUAUCUGCAUGAACGGGAGGAGGCAUCUGACAUCUUCUAUGCAUGAGGUUUCAAGGGAUCUCAUUGUUACUACAAAUUCAAGAAAGAAGCAAGCUUUCUUGGAUGUGCUCCCAGUAUUAACAGAACUAUGUCAUGCUCUGAAUAUCCGGAAAGAGCUUGAAACACUUGUUGAGGAAGGGAACUUCUGUAAGGCAUUUCAAGUACUUUCAGAAUAUUUACAACUUCUAGAUACACUUUCAGAGCUUUCAGCUGUGCAAGAAAUGAGCCGCAGUGUUGAGGUUUGGUUGGGCAACACUCUUCAGAAGCUGGAUUCCUUAUUAUUACAAGUUUGUCAGGUUUUCAAGAAGGAGAAAUAUGUAAUUGUAGUUGAUGCCUAUGCAUUGAUUGGGGAUAUUUCUGGUCUUGCCGAAAAGAUACAGAGCUAUUUCAUGCAGGAAGUACUUUCUGAAACUCAUUCUGCAGUGAAGACUGCAGCUCAAGAGGAUCAGGAUACAGACAAUCUACAAAACAGUUCGAGACUUACCUACAGCGACCUAUGUCUCCAGUUACCCGAAUCUAAGUUCAGACAGUGUUUGCUAAGAACACUAGCAGUACUUUUUAGGUUGAUGUGUUCUUAUUAUGCAAUAAUGAGCUUCCAGCCAGAGAAUGAGGAGAGCUUGAACAGGCAAAAUGAUAUUUCUCAGAAACCAGAAGAGGUUCAAUCAAUGAAUUUAGGUACAGGAACUUAUGAAGAUAGAGUAGAUAAUGAAUCUUUAGCUGCUUCUUCUGAGAGAUUGGGACAUUCUUGUUCUGCUGGUGAAUAUGCAAGUGGAAAUUCUGCUGAUGCUUCUGGAACUAAUGGCUCCCUUCCUGGGGAUUGCAAUGGCAUGUCUGAUUUUCCACUGGAUGAUAAUACCAUGUCCAACAGUGGAUCUCCGUGGUAUGAACUGCGAAGGGAUGCUACAGCUCUUGUUUCUCAGUCGCUUCAGAGGGGAUGUAAAAACUUUUGGCAACUUAUGACAAGUCGUGUUUCAGUGCUGCUUUCUUCUGCUGCAUUUUGUUCAACCAGUAUUCACCAAUUCCUCAAAAAUUAUGAGGAUCUGAAUGUAUAUGUUUUGGCUGGGGAAGCAUUCUGUGGAGUUGAUGCUUCUGAGUUUAGAAAAAAAUUGAAGGCUGCAUGUGAAAGUUACUUCAGUAAUUUUCAUAAGCAGAACAUAUAUGCUUUGAAGAUGGUUUUGGAAAAGGAAUGUUGGCAGAAAUUGCCUCCUGAUGCUAUUCAAGUAGUCAGUUUUGCUGGCCUCGUUGGUGAUGGAGCACCUUUAAUUGCAUUCUCAGAUGUUAGUUCACUGAAUGCCGGGCAACUUCAUUCUAACAAAUCAGUGCCUUCUGCUGAAUUUGGGGCUAGAAAGAGUGGAUUUUCUCAUUGGCUUAUAACUGGAAACCCUUUUCUGAUGAAAGUUUCAUCUCCUGCACACUGUCAUACAUCUUCCCCAUUUGUUGAUGAGGCAUCUGGUUCUGUAGAAUCUGGUGUAACUCCUUCAAGAUAUGAAUCUAAGAAGUCAUCUACCGUUGAAAAUAACAUGAAUCAUGCAAAUAAUGGGACUUAUAUUCUAGAUGAUGAAAAUGAGGAUCUUCUCGCUGACUUCAUCGAUGAAGAUAGUCAACUUCCUAGCAGGAUAUCUAAACCGCUUUUUUCGCGUAAUCACUCUUCUCAAUGGAGAGAUGAUGAAGCUUCAGCACAAACAGGCUCAUCACUUUGUCUCUUGAGGUUCAUGGACAAGUAUGCAAGGCUUAUGCAGAAAUUAGGAAUGAUCAAUGUUGAGUUAUUCAAAGGAUUAUGCCAAUUGUUUGAGAUCUAUUAUUACUUUGUCUUUGACACGUUUGGUCACCAAGACAGCUAUGUUAAUGGGAAAGGUGUUGCUGACACUCUUAAUUAUCGUUUGAGGACAGCGGUUAACAGAAUAACACAAGACUGUGAAGAAUGGUUAAAACCCAAGGCACUUACCUCUUCAGUGUCAUUGCCUACAUCUCUUAAUUCAUCAUUGAAGAAUAUGGAUCUAACACCUACAAUUCCUCCUGGCACAAAUUUUAGUCACUCUCCAGAUCUCAAGGAAAUUUGUGCUGCUGUUGAUACUGUAUCUCUUGUUGCUCGAAUACUGCAUAGAUCAAAGCCUCAUCUUCAGUCCAUGCUUUUGCAAAAUAAUCCAGUUGUAGUUGAAGAUUUCUUUGUCUAUCUGGUUGACUCUGUGCCAGACCUCACAGAGCACAUUUAUAGAUCAACUGCAAGAUCGCUUCUUCACAUCAAUGGGUAUGUUGAUCGCAUUGCCAAUGCUAAAUGGGAAGUCAAAGAACUUGGAAUGGAGCAUAAUGGUUAUGUUGAUUUGCUUUUGGGAGAAUUUAAACACUAUAAGACAAGGCUUGCACAUGCAGGAAUCGACAAGGAGGUUCAAGAACAACUUUUGGAGCAUGGUGUCGAAAUUGUCUCAGAAACACUUGUUGAGGGUCUAUCACGUGUGAAGAGGUGUACAGAUGAAGGCCGAGCUCUUAUGUCUUUGGAUCUACAGGUGUUGAUAAAUGGGCUUCAGCACUUUGUGUCUAAGGAUGUAAAACCGAAAGUGCAUAUAGUUGAGACAUUCAUUAAGGCCUAUUACCUUCCAGAAACCGAGUAUGUUCAUUGGGCCCGUGCACACCCGGAAUACAGCAAAAGUCAAGUUGUAGGGUUAGUUAACCUUGUAGCAACUAUGAAAAGUUGGAAGAGAAAAACCAGACUAGAAAUUAUUGAGAAGAUCGAAUGAUCUAGCAAGAUUUGAAUUGGAAACUGUGUUAGGGUUUUCUGUAUCUAGUUAUCUUGUUUCUUGGAAUGUAAAUUGGAUAGUAUCUCAUCUUCAUUUUUUGUGUAGAUAGAAGGUUGUACAUGUAAUCCUAUUUUGUAAUAUAAGGUGGUUUAAAAUCACCCUUUUGAUAAAUACAGGAACUUAGAUGUAACUUUGGAUCACAAUGAAUUAUAUUAUACAUAUACGAGUAAUAUAAUUUUUUAAUCUUA